AUGGCGAACGCCGCAGUAUCUGCCCCAGCCGGAUCGGCUCCGCCUCCGAGCGUGAAGGACAACGAGAAUUACGUGUAUUUCCAUUCAGGAUCUGAGGCAACGUAUCGCAAGGUGGCCGGCAAUCCUUCGUCUUUCACGUCGAUCCCAACUAUCGACUUGGCUGAACUAGACAGCCCUUCACCUGACGCAAGGAAGAGGAUUGCCAAGAACAUCUACGAUGCCUGUUCUCAAUGUGGAUUCUUCUACAUUGAAAACCAUGGUGUCCCCCAGGAUAUCAUCACCGAGACACUCGAUCUACUAAAGCGCUUCUUCGCACUGGACCUCGACGCCAAGAUGGACGCCCAUGUGCAGAAGAACCCUGCCAUCCGCGAUAUCAAGGAGGCGUUCACGAUGGGUGACUGCGUGAUAGAGCCUGAGCAGGAUUAUCUCGGCAAAACGGGCCGUCAGCCACCCCCUCACAUCACCAAGCCACAGAACAUCUGGCCUUCGAGUGCACCAUGGUGGCGCGAGGGGCUUUACAAGUACUAUAACAAUGUCCUACCACUAGCCAUGAAGCUCGUCAGGAUAUUUGCACUGGCCUUCGAUCUGGAUGAGACGGCUUUCGACGACUACUUCAAAUUCCCGAUCACGGGUAUGAGGCCGCUAUAUUACCCACCCACUCCAGCCGAUGAUGGAGAGGCCAGUAUUGGACUUGGUGCACAUGCCGACUUCUCUUGGCUCACAUUUGUCCUCCAAGACUCGGUCCCCGCCCUCGAGGUUCUUAAUCAAGACGGCAUUUGGGUCGAUGCACCGCCCAAGCCCGGCACCUUUGUCUGUAAUGUCGGUCAGUACCUCGAGAGGCAGUCCAACGGCAAGUUCCAGGCGGCGGUACAUCGUGUCAGGAACAGAACCGGGCAUGAACGGUAUUCUCUUCCAUUCUUCCUCACUCCCGAUCCGGACGUGGAUCUCAAAGUCCUGGAUUGCUGUUUUGAUGAGGGCGAAAGUCCCAAGUAUGACACGAUCAAUGUCGGCGAUCUUUAUAUUCGAAAGAUGGAUCCAGAGGACUUGCCAAAUUUUCUCGAGGGGCUCAAUGCGACAAAAGAGUCUCGAGUAGACGUGUUGCGACUCGUGUCUUCCCAAGGCGUUGUGACCGAAGCCACCUUAGACGAUGAUGGGCUCAAAACCGAGUUGGCCAAAGUCAAGGAAUCAGCUAUCAAGCCACUUAUUGGCGCACCAGCGAUUGCGUCCACAUGGGGACCGUUUGUCCUGUUUUCUGCUGUUGGAGAUCCUGCUUACAAGAGCAAGCCGAUGAACAUAUCGAAGACCUCACUCUCUAACCUGUUACUUGCAUGUGAACUCCCCGCAUUUACCCUUAUUGCGUGUGGGGUGAAGCGUUUCCACUUGUCACAUCACAUUCAAUACGAUGAGGAUGGCGGUGACAAGCCUGUCGCCCUGUUGUUACUCCUUCGAAUCGCGAGGAACAGCCAAUCCAUCAGUAUCGCCAUGCGAAUUCGUCUGGUCGACCUGGCCACUGUCGUUUUCCUAACCAGCAUGACCGAGGAGACAGGGCAAAAGAUUCGGAGGAAAUGCAUAGAGCGCCGCCACCUUCUCGCAAAGCACCCGCUUUACUUCCUGGUCCUCAUAUACGAGGACCGCUGCUUCGAGUACAAGCGCUGGUUCGACGACAUCCUGGAGGAGAUCAACGUGGUCGAGUCCGCGACGGGCAUGACGCGCAACACGUGGAAGAUGCAGCUCUCCCCGCGGCUGUGGGAGUGGUUCUCGGACUACGACAACCUCCUGCGCACGUUGUACGCGAGCAACACCGAGCUGAGCCACUUCGACACGGUGACGACCUUCUCGAUCAAGUUCGGAGACUUGCUGCUCAUGGCGCUGGAGGUGCUGGAAGAGCUGCGUGCGGAAGUCGGCUUGGCGCCGCUGCAGAAGAGAGAAUUCAGAUGCCUGCAAGAGAGGAUCGCCUUCACGCGGUCUCGGUGUGACCUGACUGCCGACAAAACAAGGGAAAUGCUUGAGAGAGCCUUCAAUCUCGUUGCGCAGAGAGAUAGCAAGAUUAAUCUAGCUGUUGCCGAAGAGUCUAAGCAUGUCGCAAUGCUUGCUGCAAGGGACAGCGAGACAAUGAAAACCAUCACCGUGCUGACACUGCUUUUCCUUCCAUCCACCCUGGUCACGUCGAUAUGGUCUGCAGACUUAUUCCAACUUGAUCCGUCACGGAAUUGGAAGGUGUACCUUGGUGUGACUCUAGCACUUACAGCCGUUGUCUUCACUGCUUGGUUCCUGUACCUCCGAUUGUCGAGCCUGAAGAGAAAGGAACGACCUCUGCACAUCGCUGGAGUAGGGUAUAUCCGGGAAGGCAAGGUGGUGGGCGCGGGACCCACCGGUCGAGAUGGGACAUCUUUCGACAUUCGAAAGGAAACUAACUGGCACGAGAAGUAG